CACCAGCUUGACGAACUCGGAAUUCAACUUCCUCGGCCACGCGUCGGACGUGUCGAUCCCAAGACGAGUGCUUUUCUUCAUGACAUGCGGGCUUGCGUGUCUCGCCGUCACCUUUUCUGCCCCGCUGCUCCAAACACCGAUCAUCCACACGGCCGUCACCAUGGCCAAAGACGGACUGUUGCCGGCCCAACUGGCCCGGGACUCUCGGGUUCCGCUCGUCGUCACAGAGUUCCUGCUUUGUGUCCUGCCGUGUUUCUGCUACGACGCCGAGGACGUGGCCACGGUUGGAGCAGUGGCGGCCAGCGUCGUCGUUUGUGUGACAGUGUACUGCUGUUUGGACAUAAGACUGUCGACACCUGGAAGUUUGGUGUCGAUUGCGGACUACGAGCAACAUUCACGAGCAUUAUCUGCCGGACAUAAGCAACGAAAGACGAACGCAGCAUCACGGUAUCAAGAAACAAUCAAAACACUGCGACGCGGAAUGGAAAACUUGCCCCAGACUGUUCUCGCUGCCACGCGAAGCAAGUCCAACGAUCGGCAGAAAAUCCUCGCCAAAACGGAAAGCCUUCAAUCCGUUUCAGCCACAGUCGACUCCAGCUUCCAAGUCGCGUCGGAAAACGAGUCCAAAGCCCUCGAGUCCGCAGUCAAAGACUAUCAAACCAAACACAAGACACGUCACCAUCACACCAACCACCAUCAUCAUCAUCACCAACGAUCGGGUUCAGAGCCCGGUUUGUCCUACGCUUGCUCCGUGACGAUCCUCGCCGCAGGGACAAGCAUCUUCUCCUUGCUUCUCAACCUAAGCAUCAAACUCGCGGCUUCCGGGCUCGUCAUCAUCGACCUCUUAUUCCUCAUCUUCGUCCUCCUACCAAACAUCUGCGGCAUGUCUCGAUUGAAACAGAAUUCUCAGCCAUUCCACGACUCGUACCGGUUUCCGUCCCAGGGCAUCGGAGCCACGGUUACACUGGUCACUGCGAAGACGCUUCUGAUCCGCGCCGGUUUCGAUUACGCAUUCGCAGUCACUGUAUGGAUACUCGUAGGAUUCUGCACUUACAUCUUUUACGGAUCAAAGAACUCACUGGCUGCACUUAGAAAGAGAAGACUUCACUCUGGGCCCUGGGAAGCGGCGAUGUCGGAAGGGGAAUCAUCGGAUCCGCGUCCGGACCUAUGGAGACAAUGCGGACAAAAUGAGCAGAAUUACAGAACAAACCCGGAAGAACCCAUCACGGAGAAAGAAGAAGAAAGCACUAAAACUGGCCAGGAAACAUCCGAAGUCGCAGUGAUCGGUACCGAGGUGCUUUCGACGAGUAACGCUGUCCUUUGAAUGACACUUCUUCCUGAUCGGAUGCUAUCGCUUCUUCGGUUUUUUUCUUCUUGUCACUGGGAUUCGACGCGAAACGCUGAGAAAAAAUUUGGAUUUAUCUUUAGCCCGGUCUGCGAU